AUGCGCUUCUCACUAUUACUCAGUGCCCUGGGCGCUGCAGCUGUUGAGAUUCCAGCUCAGAACGUGGGAGAAGGUCUCUAUCGAAGGAGUGAAUCAGCAAGCCUCCAACCUGCUGCUGCCAAUACGCAGGCGCCCGCUCAAGAUGGAUACUUCGCCAGCGCUCCCGAAGUUCAGACUUCUGCAGCCGAGGUCGAGGCAGAAACAACAGCGGCUCCGGCACCUCAAGUCACCUCUGCCACGCCAGUUGAGCAAGGCGAUACCAGUGUUGACGGGGCUGAUACAGGAACCCCAUACAUAGAGGACGGCACAAUGGUGGUUUGGGAUGCUAAGUGCGGUUGUCCUGUACCCGUAACGACGACUGUGGUGGUUCCUCCCCCCCCUGUUAUCACAGACAGCUAUCCUGCCAACGAUCCAACUACAGUAGAUCCUCCGCCUGAAACUACCACCGAGCCGCUUCCACCGCCUCCGGUUAUCACAGAUUCCUACACCGUAGUCCCGCCUCCAACCUAUGGGCCCUCAACCACCAGCGAGGAGCCUCCUGCGCCUCCAACAACAACGAGUGAAGCCCCAUUGCCCCCUACCACCACAACCGAGCCUUACGUACCUCCUACUACAACGACUGAAGCUCCUGAGCCUCCAACGACUACGACCGAGUCGUAUGUACCUCCCACUACAACGACUGGGCCGUAUGAGCCUCCAACUACUACCACUGAGUCUCCUGAGCCUCCCACCACGACUACGCCCCCUGAGACAACUCAAUCUUGCGCUCCUGGCGGCACCAGCACUGUCACCGAAAAGAUUACAGAAAAGGUCACCGAAAAGGUCACCGAAAAGGUCACCGUUACUGAGACUGAGAAGGUGACGGAAAAGGUCACGGAGAAGGUGACGAUAACCGAGACUCAAGCUGCAUCCACAAUCACAGAAACAGUUCACGAGGGAACUACUGUGGUUGAGACUCGACCUGGGCCGACAUAUGUUGAGACACAGCCGGUCACAGUGAUAGAAACUGUGCCCGGACCAACUUUCGUGGAAACGCUUCCAGGGGAGACUAUUGUUGAGACUCUCCCCCCCGUCACAAUCACGGAGCCUGGAGUAACAAUCACAGAAGACGGGGGUACUGUUACUGUGCCAGGACCAACAGUUACCGAGGCUGGAACGACUGUCACCGAGCCAGGCACUACUGUGACGCACCCUGAAGUUACUAUAACAGAGCCUGGCAGUACCGUGACUGAGGCUGGUACAACUAUUACUCUCCCUGAGGAAACUGUCACUGAGCCCGGAAGCACUGUCACCGAGGCUGGAACUACGGUUACUGAACCUGCUUUGACAAUUACCGACGUCGUUACUAUUCCAGGAAGCAGGGUUACUAUCACCGAGGCUGGAGAAGACGAGACAGUGACGAUCCCCAGAACUAUUGUCCAGCCUGGCGAAGAUAGAACUGUGGUAAGGACUGUGACUCUACCUGGUCAGGAAACUGUUGUCACAGUGUCUGGCGAGGAAAGGACAGUCACAGUUCCCGGAGAGCGUACUGUUGUUACUGUCCCUGGAGAGCAGGCUACUAUCACCAUUGAAUCUGUCGUCACAGAGAGACUGCCUGCAGAGACUGUUACCCUUACUAAGGACGGUGAGACGGUUGUCACAGUGGUUCCAGGCCCUACAACUGUCUACACUACUACCUUGACCAUUAGCCAAACAGUACAGCUCCCUCCUACCACAGUCACGGCUACUCCUGGACGCAUCACCUUGUGCCCCAAGCCUACAGGUCGAUCUGCGCCACUCGACCGCAAGUCCGAUCUCACAUUUGGUUGCGAGCCAGGCUACGUCUGCAACCCGCCGAAGCCAGCAUGGUGCAACUUCUGGGCGGAGCCACCUGAUGAGGACUAUCUUUGUGAACCUCAAUACUGUAUCAAGGCUCCCAAGGUCAAGAAGGCGAAAUGGCGCAAGAACAAGACUGGCUUCUACCCUCGUUCUCCUGGUUACUUCAACCUGAACCCAGAGGCUUUCGGUCUUUCUUAUGAUAUCUUUGAGAAGCAAGUCUAUGAGAAGAUCGUGAGUGGUGAGCUGAAGACAUUCUCGACUGGAAACUGGGCUUCACAGACAACCUUGAGCGACUGGCCAGACGCCACUACUUCGGUAGCAGAGUCCUAUGACAAUAUCCCCAGCAACAACCAACGACGUGGACUCCACAUGAACGACAGGCGAGAUGUCACUCCAGCCAUUUGCUACGAUGACUGUGAUGGCGCAUACAAGAUCGCACUCUCAACUGGAAAAUCAGACAGACUCUGCAGAGCAGGUUCUUCAUUCCGUGGCAGCUACGACAUGUGCCGCGACUGUAUUAGUGAUAACACCUCCAAGAGCAAGAACACCAUUCGCGAUUAUGUUGAGCCUGAGUUUAACCAAUUCAUCGAUUACUGUGAUGGAAAGGAUACCACGACUGUCACCACAGCUGCAUCUGGUCCUGAGUCCCAAGUUACUGGAUCUGCGGAUGUUGAGACGACAGGGCAGGUCGAGGCCACCUCUGGCGAUUUCAGUGCCCUUCCAGCGACAACUGAAGAGUCUGAGCCCGAGUCUACUAGUGCUGAAGCCGAGCCCCAGCCUACCACUACUGAUACUCCCGAGCCUACUACAGAAGCUGUUGUUACCUCGGAUGCCGCUGAGGCGACUAGUGCUGGGGAUGAGAGCACCGACAUCGCAGAACCUGUUUCUACAGAAGAUGCUUCUACACAAGUUUCUGAGCAGGCCCAGGCGACCACAGAUGCAGAUGGAUCGACUUCUGGUGCAUCACAGCCAAGCACAUCUGGAGAAGCUGCUGAAGAGAGUUCGGUUCCGGCUGAGACAACUGAAAAGGCCGAGGCGACCGAGACUGAGACAGCGGCUGAGGAGACAUCAACCAACGGGUCUGAAAACUCUGAAGCUGGUGAGUCUACCACUUUGUCUAUUACAGCCAAUAGUGUUGUCGUAACUGUCACAUCGUCACUUGGUGACUCUGAGACUGAUUUAGUUUCUACCUUUACAGAAACAGGAUCGAGAACAGCCCAGACCAAGGGCACCGAGACGGAUUCUGCCGAGACAGGUUCAGAAACUGAUGCUUCUGGAGCUGCUACCGAGACGACUGUCAAAGCUACACGAUCUGGCAACGCAGAUGCUACUGAAACUGAAACAGAAUCUGGAGCUACCGCAACAGAGACAGAGUCGGGAUCAGAGACUGAAUCUGGUGCUUCUGGAGCCGCUACUGAGAGCAGAUCGCGCCUCGAGACACGCACUUCAUCGUCUACCUCAGACGAAACUGCCGCACCUUCAACGGUUGAGGCUGCUGCGUCACGAUUGACAGCUAGCUUUGCCACUAUCAUCGCUCUUUUCUCGAUGCUGAUGGUGCUCAUCUAA